GUGACAGAUGUACCCAGCCUUAGGUGCUAUUUGCUGCUGCAGACAAAGGCUUCAAGAGGCUCUCUGAAAGGUAAAUUCCUGGCAGUUUGUGCUCUGCUGUUUUCACCCACUCACCCUGUGAGAAAGGUCCCCAUAAGACAUCCCCUUGACCCUGCGUCCCCCUCUAGAUGCCACCUUCCCUUAACAGAGUCGUCUACACCUGCCUUCUCUCCCUCCUCCCCUCCCACUUGCCCCCAGCACCCGCCUUUAGGCUCCUCCUCCCUCCCCCCUUCCACCUCAGCCUCACCCCUGCACUGACUGCUCUCUCCAAGGUCACUUGGUUCCCUCAUUGCCAAAUCCAACAACCACUCUGCAGUGCUCCCGGGCCUUUGGACCUCCUUCUUGAAUCACUCUUUCCCUGCAAAUCCAGAAAUCUUGCCAGGCUCUCCUUCUUCGUCCCUGGCUGUGCCUUCCCAGUCCCUGCUGUGGGAGCCUCUCCCCCCACCUGUCCCUUCCUCGGCCCACUGCCCUUCUCACUCUGUGGCCAGCCCGGGGAACUGCCAGCCCCUUCGGCCCCUCUGCUGAGGGCUCCCUAUCCUGUAUCUGUGCUGCCCUCUCCCCAGAGCUACACAACCGCACAUUGGAUUGCCACCCUGACCUCCCCCUCUGAAUGUUCCACAGCUCCCUUAACCUUGAAGGAGCCAAAACAGAACUCAUCAUUUCCAAGACGGUAGCUCACAGUCUUCCCCCUCCAACCUGAACCUUGCCAUGCUCCCCAUACCCAGGAAGGCCACCACCCUCCAGGCGCUUGUGCCAACAGGAAGCAGUCAUCUUCGGCUCUUUCCCAUACCCCACUGCCCUGUGGUGUGUUACCAAGGCCUGGCCAGUUUGUUGCAGGAAAAUGGGGUGCGAGGUCUCGGGUGAGCCCCUGGGACAGGCCACCAAGGGAGGAUCCUUGGCUUCACGCAGGAAAGAAUUCAAGAGCAAGUCAUAGUAAAGUGAAAGCAGGUUUACUGAGAGAGGUACACAUUCCAUAGGCAGAAUGUGGUCCAUCGCAGAAAGCGAGAGCAGCCCCAGGGCAUGGGGUCGUCUCGGAAAUGAGAGCACCCCCCCAAAAUGGGGUGGUUAGUUUUUAUGGGCUGGGUGAUUUCAUAGGCUAACGAGUGGGAGGAUUAUUCCAGCUAUUUUUGGGAAGGGGCAGAGAUUUUCAGGAAUUGGGCCAACGCCCACUUUUUGGCCUUUUAUGGUUGGCCUUGGAACUGUCAUGGCGCCUGUGAGUCUGUCAUUUAGCAUAUGCUAACGUAUUACAAUGAGCGUACAGUGAGGCUUAAGGUCUCCUGGAAGUUAAAUCUUCUGCCAUCUUGGGUCUAGUUGGUUCUAACCAGUUUUUGUUGUAUCCUCAAUGGCUAGGUCAUCCUUUUAAUGGUUGUGCCCUGCUCCCUUUCUUCUUGUCUCAAGUUGACCUCAUAUGCGUCUACCCCACGGCCACUGCCCUGGUCUGACAGAACAUGACUUCUACAUAGACUCUUGCAUUAGCCUAUGGUAUCCUUUACAGCUACAAUUCAAACCUAAAUGUACAUUUGAAUAAGUUGGGCCUUUUAAAAAUCUUGAGCAGGUCUAGUCUAGGCCAAUUAAAUCAGAAUCCCUGGCUGUGGGAAUUAGACACAAGCACUUUUAAAGGUGAUUCCAAUAUGCAUUCAAGGUUAAGAACCACUGUGAUGGAGGCUUUGAGAUGCAAAAUAACCUGCAUCUGGGGCUCAAGUUAAUUUAAAUCAUUGGUUCUUGCACUUUAGCAUGCAUCAGAAUCACGUAGCAAGCUUGUUAAAAUACAGAUUGCCAGGCCCCCACCUCCAGAGUGUCUGAGUCAGCAGAUCUGGGUUGAAGUCUAAGAAUUUGCAUUUCUAAUGAUGCCAGUCCAGGGCCCACACUUUGAGAACCGCUCCUUAAACAAUGAGGAAAUGUUUCGUUUCACCUGACACAGAGGCCGGAGGUAGGGAGGCUCCAGUCAAGGCAAGGUGGAUCUUCAAUUGCAAAUUGAAGUUGUGCUUCCAUUGCUUCUCUGUCUCUCAAGGCCAGGUUUCUAGCAGAUGUUCUAGGUGCUUUGUGACUGAGCCCUGCUAUCCCUCCAGCCACACCUUUGCUCAUGCCUUCCUUUCACUCCUAGAAUUCUCUUUUAUCCUCUGUUUCGUCUGUCUAAAUGCCCACCCCUGAAGGCACAGGUGAAAUCUCACUGCCCCCUCAAAAUCCAUUGGCAGAUAUCCCUCCCUGAUCUGCUCAAUUUUCCCCCACUUCUGCGUUGUGUCAUUAGUUGUCCUUCUGAGUGUUGAGCUUGGAUUCCAGUUGGGCUGUAGGACACUUGAGGGUAAGAGAAGGCCCAGUGGCAAGGUGGGAGGGAUAAGGACAUCAGAGUGUUGCAGACCCCAGUGUGACUCUGGGUUCUAUCCCUGGCUUCCUCGUUCACCUUGGGUAAGUUACUUGACCUGAGCCUAGUUUUGUGGGUUUUUUUUUUUUUUUUUUUAUGGUCUGGUUAAAGUUAUUUCAUAGCACCACCUGUCUUAAAGGCCACUGUAAAGAUCAACUGAACUCACAAUGUAAAAGAAUCUUGUAGUUUCAAGUGAGCCAUAGCCCUACUCUUGCUUGUCCUCGCCCCCCACAUCGAUAGACUGGAGUCACAGACCUGUGUGUGUCCCCAGGUUCACUCUUCAUCUGUGUCACCUCUGGAAGAUCACUUAAUGAGCAUAUACUAGAGCAUGAAUCCCCUAAUCUGUGGGAUGGGAAUGUGAGAGGAUUAAAUGAAAUGCAAAGUUCCUGGAUCAAUAAAUGUCACCUACAAAAUGCUUGGUGAAUGAAAUUCUUAAAAAUACCACUUUGUCUCUAGGUGGUGGAGAAAGUGGUUCAUGGCUGGGCCUUUGAUUCUAAAUAGCAAAUUAAGGAGAAAAAGUCCCAGCAUGUUCUGGACCUGGACACCCCAUCGUAGCCCUCCCCACCCCACUGCCCACAGCUGAGUCAGUGCCAGUCUCCCCUUCUCCCCUCACCAAGGACAAAAGGGAAGGAAAUGAGGCCACUUCUUUUGCUCUCUGACUGGACCUGUUUCCUCAUACGAGCUUGUGGGCUUGCAGAAUCUUCGUUCCCCGACCAGGGAUGGAACCCGUGCCCCCUGCACUGGAAGCGUGGAGUUCUAACCACUGGACUGCCAGGGAAUUCCCUUAACCUGCUAUGUUUUAUUUUGGUCACGGCCUGCCUCCACACAGCCUCCUCCUGCUCAGCUCUUUGCUGAGGCUGUCCCAUCCGCUAAUUCCAGAACUACCCUUCCCCUUCUCCAUUAACAGCCAAAAAGCAAAUGGACUUCCACCUGACAAGUCCUUGAAAUCCAAGAAGCAGAAACAGCAUCAUCGGAUUCACAAGGAGAAGCCUCAGCAACACAACUUCACCCACCGCCUUCUGGCUGCAGCAUUGAAGAGCCACAGUGGGAACAUAUCUUGCAUGGACUUUAGCAGCAAUGGCAAGUACCUGGCCACCUGUGCAGAUGAUCGUACCGUCCGCAUCUGGAGCACCAAGGACUUCCUGCAGCGGGAGCACCGCAGCAUGAGAGCAAAUGUGGAGCUGGACCAUGCCAUCCUGGUGCGCUUCAGCCCUGACUGCAGAGCAUUCAUCGUCUGGCUGGCUAAUGGAGACACCCUUCGUGUCUUCAAGAUGACCAAACGAGAGGAUGGGGGCUAUACUUUCACGGCCACCCCAGAGGAUUUUCCUAAAAAGCACAAGGCACCCAUCAUCAACAUUGGCAUUGCUGACACAGGGAAGUUCAUCAUGACUGCUUCCAGUGACACUGCUGUCCUCAUCUGGAAUCUGAAAGGUCAGGUGCUGUCUACCAUCAACACCAACCAGAUGAACAAUACAUACGCUGCUAUAUCCCCUUGUAGCAGGUUUGUGGCUUCGUGUGGCUUCACCCCAGAUGUAAAAGUCUGGGAAGUCUGCUUUGGGAAAAAAGGGGACUUCCAGGAGGUUGUGCGAGCCUUUGAACUGAAGGGCCACUCUGCAGCUGUCCACUUCUUCGCUUUCUCCAACGACUCCCGGAGGAUGGCCUCUGUCUCCAAGGACGGUACAUGGAAACUGUGGGACACAGAUGUGGAGUACAAGAAGCAGCAGGACCCCUACUUGCUGAGGACAGGCCACUUUGAAGAAGCGAGCACUGUGCCGUGCCGCCUGGCACUCUCCCCUGAUGCCCAGGUCUUGGCCUUAGCCAGUGGCAGCAGUAUUCAUCUCUACAAUACCCGGCGAGGCGAGAAGGAGGAAUGCUUCGAGCAGGUCCAUGGGGAAUGUAUCAGUGACUUGUCCUUUGACAUCACUGGCCGGCUUCUGGCCUCCUGUGGGGACCGGGCGGUACGGCUCUUCCACAACACCCCUGGCUACCGGGCAGUGGUGGAAGAAAUGCAGGGCCUCCUGAAACGGGCCUCCAAUGAGAGCACCCGCCAGAGGCUACAGCAGCAGCUGACGCAGGCCCAGGAGGCCCUGAAGAGCCUGGGUGCCUUGAAGAAAUGAAUCUGGGAGGGUACAGCAGGAGGGAUCUGGCCUUCUGUGCCUCCACUGCUGCCACUCUUCCCAGGUACUCCCCGGCUGGAAACCUUUUGAAAGGAGUGUCCUGAUUUUCUUAAUGAUGGCUCCUCUCUCCUUUUUCCCAUUGAAACUAUUCUUGCCUACUUAGAUCUCUUUCUUUUCUUGCUGGUUGUGACUCCUGGCCUUACUUGACUUCCCAGGCUAAUGACCAAGGUGCUUCUCUUUUUCCUGGGCCCAAGGGGUGGAAUCUGUCUUCACCGGACACGGAAGAGAGUGGUAAUUAGAAGAGAGAGGGAACGUGGUCUUUGACCUUGUGGCAACACACCCUGCUAUCCAAAGAAGCUUGUAAUUGUGAGACUUCCCUGGUGGUCCAGUGAUUAAGACUGUGCUCCCAGUGCAGGGGGCAUGGGUUCGAUCCCUGGUCGGGGAACUAAGAUCCCCACAUGCCACAUGGCGCAGCCAAAAAAAAAAAAAAAAAGACAA